GAGUUGGGAGGGUGACGCCAGAGGUCUCUGUGCGUCAGUGUGUUGACGUUUGCUUUGGGUAAAAGAAAACAAGGGGAUUUUUCGUGCGAGGAAAUUCAGUGAAAUCUCCAAGAAAUGGGAGACGGCAGGAUAAGUGUGAGCUUUGCGUGUCAGAGAUGUCUGCAGCCCAUCAAGAUUGACGAUUCCUUUGACAGGAUUGAUGAACACAAAUUGGCUGAACUUUCACUGCCCAUCAAUUCCAACAUCGACGUGGAUCUUGAGUCCCAGGCUAUGAGUUUCGACCACUUCGUGCCACCCUUCAGACUGACGGACUCCGGAACAGGAACGAAUGGCUUUAUGCUGAUCUCGGAUGUGUCUGAGGGCGACGUGGGCAGUCACAAGAUGAAGGUAAAGGCUGAGCUCUUCGACAAACUCUCAUCCAACUCGGAAAUUGACCAUCCGCUGUGCGAUGAGUGCACAGACACUCUGCUGGAGAUGAUGGAUCAGCAGUUGAAGCUGGCUGACAAUGAUUUCAACGACUAUCUGAGCUAUUUGAAGAAACUUGAGGCCUCUGAGGAUAUUCCCAACAUUGAGCAAUUGGAGAAGGAGCUCACGGACUUGAGUGGCGAAGAGGAGCGCCUCGUGGCUGAAUUGGCUAUGCUGAAGACGCAGGAAGAGGCUAUAAAAGCAUCGAUAGAGAAUCAACAGACGGAGCAGGAGCGCCUUCGGGAUGAGCAAGUAAAGUACUGGCGCGAGUACACCAAACACAGACGGGAUCUUAUGGCUACAGAGGACGAGUUCCGGAGCGUGGAGAAUCAUCUGGCGUCUGCCCAGGCGCAGCUGGACAGGCUCAAGAAGACUAACGUCUUCAACGUCACCUUCCACAUUUGGCACUCUGGCCACUUUGGCACCAUCAACAACUUCCGGCUUGGACGUCUGCCAUCCGCCCCUGUGGAUUGGUCAGAGAUAAAUGCAGCCUGGGGGCAGACGGCGCUGCUCCUUUCAGCGCUGGCGCGCAAGAUGAACCUCACCUUUAAGCGCUACAAACUCGUGCCGUAUGGAAAUCACUCGUACAUCGAGGAGCUGGAGACUGGCAAACAGCUGCCUCUGUAUGGGACCGGAGGAAUCCGAUUCUACUGGGAUACGAAAUUCGAUGCCGCCAUGGUGGCCUUCCUGGACUGUUUGCAGCAAUUCAAGGACGAGGUGGAGAAGGGCGACUCCGGCUUCUGCCUGCCCUACAAGAUGGAUAAGGGGAAGAUUGAGGACUCGGCCACUGGCAACUCGUAUUCGAUAAAGAUCCAAUUCAACUCUGAGGAACAGUGGACCAAGGCCCUCAAGUUUCUGCUCACAAAUCUGAAGUGGGGCCUUGCCUGGGUGUCUUCUCAGUUUGCUGACGAUAAAUUAGAUGACUAGGCAUUCUGGUCAUGCUUGAAGACUGUGAAAUAGAUUAAUGGAGGAAAUAAAAGCUGUU